UCACUUUACUCUUGCGUCACUUGUAUAAAUUAUUAAACAACAUAGAAUACGUAUCGAUGAAAGUUUGAUUAAUAAGUCAAUUUCGUCAGAAUUUUUCGUUUUCCCUCCUUGCUGAUAAAUCAUUGAAUUGAGUCUUCAACUUGAUAUGGAUAGAUUAUUUUGGACUGCUGAUAAAGUUUUCUUGUUCUCUACUUCUCACGUAAUAAUUCUUUAAGAUAAAAUUACUUAUCCUGGAUUUCUUCUAGCCUAGUCUUUCAGCCUGCAUUUAUAACCAGAGUCCUAGCCUGGCUGUGAAUGGAGUCAUAUGCAUUUGGUGUGAUUGCUUGCGUCAAAAAAGUGUCAGCUAGCAACAUAUUUCAUUAUUAAAAAAUUGACAUUCGUAAAAUUUGAUUUUACCCACUUAAAUAUUGAAGCUACAAUUCCAGGAAAGAAAUUAUAAGUGAAAUAAAAUGUCGAAUGAAAUUGAAGACAGUUCAAAAAUCUGCAUUUCAUGCAGUAAGAGCUACACAACGCCAUCUUUUAUCAUGAAUUUAGGCAACUGCAACCACGAUGUUUGCAAAGUCUGUUUGUAUGAUAAUAACGCCAAAACUGGAAGCCAAUCAUGCCCAUAUUGCCAAUAUCCAAUAGCAGAACAGCAGCUUGAAAUGAUACUGAAAUGCACGCAAGAUACAAACGGUUGUUUAGAAGAUAUAUCCUAUCAAAAAAUUUACCAAUCUGCUGGAGGUAUCCUUGUUCGCAGAAUCGAUGGCAUUGUGCAUUAUUUAGCUGUUCUCCAGAAACGAUUUAAUAUGGAUCUGCAGUGGGUGUCCCCUAAAGGUCGAUUGGAGGGAACUGAAACGUCUUUAGAAGCAGCUAAACGAGAGAUUUCCGAAGAAGUAGGAUUGCAGACACUAACAUUAAUUGAUUUUAUUUGUAAGCAGUGUUAUUCCUACACAGAAAGUGAUAAAAUGUACAAGAAGACAGUAUUUUGGUAUCUUUUUAACGUUGAAGAACCAAAUGAGUUGAAGUUGAACGAUGAGGAGGGGUUUAUUGAGGGAAAAUGGUUGUCUUUUGAAGAAUGCCUUAGUACAUUUUCUCAUGAAACUUUUAUCGAGAUUAUCAAGAUGGCUGAUUCUGUAUUGAAAGAAUAGACUGUUUUGCUUAAAAUAUUACUGAGGUAUGUCACAGGAAAAAAUAAAAAUAAUGUUUUAACAUAA